UUUCCGAGUCAGCCCAGGAGUUUCCUAAGCCCGGGCAUCCCAGAGGCUGAAUCCUUGACCCGAGGACAUUUGGAGGAGGGAUUCCCUCACGGGUCCCAAGUAAUCCCACAGCCUCUGAGCAAGGGACUGCAGAGCCAGGGGAGGGAUCCUGACUCUGGCUUGCUUUCUUCCCCGCCCCGGGUCUGCUCCCAGCCAGCAGACCCCAGCAUGGAAGGUAGGAGAAGCCCACUGCCCUGUGAGCAGGGCAGAGACUCCUCCUUUCCCCGCAUCCAGGCCCCCAAUUCCAGCCUCACUGACCCUGACUGGUUUUGGGAUGAGCACAUCCAGGCGAAGAGGGCCAGAGUGGAGACCAUCGUCCGAGGCAUGGGCCUCUCCCCUCACCCUCCGGUGCCCGGCAGUGCCCGAGCCAGGGACAGCCCACGCUGCCCAGAGAAGGCCCGGGAGCGGAAGAGGAAGCAGAGCCUUCCCGUGCAGCAGAACCCCCCGAAACCAGGCCCUGCUGGGAACCAGGGCAGCAGGACGGGGGGCCCUCGAGUGAGAGAACAGCUUCAUCUGCUGCAGCAACAGCUGAGACAACUGCAAGAGCAUGUCCUGCAGGCUGCUGAGCCCGGGGGCACAGCUUGGGGCCCCAGCGGGGCUGACAAGCGGAGGGGCCCCCCGAGUGUGAAGCAGAGGAACGGCUACAGGUGUGGGCCGUGGGCCAGGGACAGUGACCGCCACCAGGGCUCCAGGGGGCACCUCCCUGGGGUGGACAAUCACAGAGCGGCUGAGGUCGAAUUCCAGCCGGAGGAGCCCAGGUUCCUUCUGUCUGGAACACGAGCUUUGCUGGAGAUUCUGAGGAAAGAACUGACUGGGGCCGUGUCCCAAGCUGUGGACUCAGUCUUACAAAAGGUGCUGCUGGACCCACCCGGCCACCUGACUCAGCCGGGCAGAAGCGUCCAGGGGCUGGUGCCGGAGGGUGGAAGGGAGACUUUGCCCGAGGGGGGCGCCUGUGAAGACCCACUUCCACCAGCCGCGGUGCCCAGGAAGGCCCAGGCGCAGGUUGGGGGCUCAUCGGGACACUUACCGCUGGCCAAGCCUCUGGGCUCUCCUAGACACCCCGUCUCUCCAAGAAUGACCUCCAAACCCUAUCAGCCUCCCCCAGUGACCUGCCCCACAAUGGUGCCUCCCCACAUCCAGGAAAAUCAGAUUCUUAGCCAGCUGCUGGGUCAGGGGUCCAGCGGCCACUGGAGCAGCCGUCUUCCCCAGGACCCGUCUUCCCCGAGUCACUGCUCCGCGGAGCCUGCCCUGCGACCCUGGGGAGCCGUCCAGCUGCGACCGUCGGUUGUGAGCCGGCAGCAGCCCCCGGUGCCCUUCCCGCCCACUCGCUGGGAGACACUGCCCUUCCUGCCCUCCGUGAAGAUGGAGCAGGGUGGCCUUCAGGCUGUCCCUGACGUGCUGCCUUUUCCCUCCGUCCACAUCCAGGAAGGUCUAAAUCCCGGCCACUUGAAGAAGGCCAAGCUGAUGUUCUUCUUCACACGCUACCCGAGCUCCGGCCUCCUGAAGGCUUACUUCCCCGACGUGCAGUUCAACCGCUGCAUCACCUCCCAGAUGAUCAAGUGGUUCAGCAACUUCCGUGAGUUCUAUUACAUCCAAAUGGAGAAGUUUGCCCGGCAAGCGAUUUCAGACGGCGUCACGGAUCCCGAAGUGCUGGUGGUUCUCCGGGGCUCAGAGCUUUUUCGGGCUCUCAGUGUGCACUAUAACAAGGGAAGUGACUUUGAGGUCCCAGACUGCUUCUUGGAGGUUGCCAGCUUGACGUUACAGGAGUUCUUCAGGGCCGUCUCCGCGGGGAAAGACUCAGAUCCUUCCUGGAAGAAACCCAUUUAUAAAGUUAUUUCGAAGCUGGACAGUGACCUCCCAGAGAUAUUCAAAUCUUCCAGCUACCCCUAGGAGCCGCGUUGGAAUGCAGGUUCCCUUGGAGUGAGGAGCAGCUGGCCGGGGUUUCCUGGGCUUGUCUUACACGGUGGUCAGGAGAGCCGGGGUCACAUAAAAAGGGCAUAAAGGUAAACCCUCCGACAGGUACUAUUACCAUUUCUGGUCAUGUGCUCCCUUUCCCAGAAUCACCAUCAGUUUAACCUUAGCUGUAAAAUACACCAAGUGUAAUGGUGUGUUGGUGGCACACUGUGAAAGGAACGAGACAGUGUUUGGAAUCAGAAGACCCACCACUCCACUUCCCUGUUGCCAGUGCUGGGACCCCGGGGACGCGCAGGCGCUCUCUGCAAAACGGUCCUGGGGCGCCCUGCGAAACGUGGCUUGCUGCCCCGCACAUGUUUGCUUUCUGCCCUCGGCUUUCAGAGAAGGUCCUCUUAUGUGUUGUUUGCUUGCUUGUUUUUACAAACUGCUGGUUUUCCUGCCCUAUUCAUCAAGCUCCACCUAUUUGCUAGCCACUUUCAACUACAAGUGUUUUGCCCUGAACAGUAGAUAUUAUCUUCAUUAAAAAAAAAGACAAAACAAGGAGAAGUGUUAGAACAGUGACAGAACUUGCCCAAGUACGAGGCUGGGACCUUUGAGUCGGUAGGGACAGUGAGGAGUGGGGAGGAACCCGAGGGAGCUUCUGCUGCUGGGUUGCACCCUGACACCUCCUGCUGCUUGUCAUGACCUCAAUCAGGCCACCGUCUCCGGGAAGCCCCCAGCACUGAUGGGGCACUGUCAUUUGACAAGCCCUGCCUCGUGCUUAGGAGUGCUCCGGCAGCCCGGAUGUCCACUGUCAUUCCAGCAAGCCCAGCACACACUCCCUGCGGGGCUUGCUGUCACUGUGUGUGCACAUUUGUCCACUGGAAGAGUUUACUGUCUGGACAGCCCAGAUCAUCUCUAGCCAAUCCAUGCAAUGGAUGCUCUGACCCCCUACAUGCAGGACAGGAGAAGCACUGGACUGCGGAAUGCAAAAGCCAGAAGGGGCCUAAGGAGGCCAUCUGGCCCACCCCACUUCAGUGAGGAGGGAGGACACCGAGGCCCAGGCGGGGACUCACACAGCCCGUGCACGGCCUCACAGACGAUGGAGGGCCCACCCGGGACAAACGCAGCAUCGCACACAGAAAUGGAAGUUUCCACACUCCGUCAGGAAAUGACAGCCCACGGUUCAUCCUUCACGGAUAAAGGAAUUCAAGAAAUCAACGUUUUUCCACCUACUGGCCCAACGCAAAUUGUGACUCACUCUGAGGAUACAGGCAAGACAUCUGCCAAGUCAAAUAGCUGCAUGUGUCUUUUAAGGUAGUCAGAAUCAAGUCUUGGGAGGCACGGCCCAAGGUGUGCAGGCUGGGGUGGGGGCAUGGCUCACAUUCCAUGACCCAUGUCCUUGACUUUGCAGGUGGGCUGGGUCUGAUGAGAUAAAAUCCCUGAUCUCUCGCUACAGCCGUCUCAACAUGAAAAGGUGUGAACGACGACUUUCUUUUGCAUUUCCACUUACUUCAGACAGCUGCGAGGACACGGCAGACAUGCUCAGCCCAGACCGGCCUUCUCAGGGUGUGCUCAGGGUAUCGUGAAGUGUCCUUGAGCAUAACCAACCGCAUCCAGGUCGCCUUUGCCCCGACUUCUUCUACAACGUUCCCUGUGCGAAAAUGAAGGUCGCCACCAGAUCCAAGCUUGAAAAGCAGGCAGGCACUGAGCGCUGGAGUGAGGGCGGUCAGUUACCUGCGCCUGGGGACGGCAGAAGAGCCACUGUCCAGAACGAUAUUACAUAGCUGUUUAAGACUUUCGUGGGAAACCGUUCCAAGUUCACGUGAUUGUCUGAUACGGACCAGCCAUUCUCUGUCCCAAACCUGAACUUCAUUAGUGUGCGUUGUAAAGACGGAGCCAAGCCCCCUCCAGCACAGCGAACCUUGUCCCAGGGAAUUAGAUGAAAUGUUCAACCUCAAAUUGAAAACAUUCAUGUCCUGCAGUCUUUCCAGGAACUGUUUUCUAACCACUGAGCUAAACACAGAAGAAUGUAUAAAUAUAUAUGCUCUGCCAACAGAAGAAAUCUAUUUUAUUGUAUUUUUCUGCUUCUACCAAGUCUAUCUCCUUUUCUGCUGGGAACACACUUGGAGCGUGAGCGGAGCUGGUUAUUGUUCAGCCGCAACAUUGCCAAGGUCUGGUCAUUCUUUCCGUUAAGGUAGACGUGGGCACUGUUCUCUCCCACAUUAGACACGUUCAGGGUCUGGUCGAAUGCUGCGUAAGUGUCUAGUACUUCGACGGUGGACGGUGGGGCCUGGACUGUGUUUCACGGUGACGGUGCUAUUGAGGAGUUAACGCCUCGUUAUUGAUUGAAGGCAGGCAGUUCAUUGACAUUCCACGCAGGAAAAGGUUUGUUAGGAACCUUCUUUCAAACAAGGUUUCAAAUAGUACGCACAAUUCCAAAUCAGGUUCAUACAGUGAAGGGGCCACAGGUGUCUCCUGGAUGCACAAGGCACGCCCAGCUGUUUCCUGCACAUCAGAGAAAGGGCAACGCAAAACUGGCGGAGAUGGCACAGAGCUCUUUAACAAAUCCAGCCCGACCACUGUACGCAGGGCCACGGGUCCUUUAUAAAAAACUGUCUUUGUUUUCAAUGGCAGAAUAUAGAAUCCUCAGGAGUGAUUUAAGCUAAGAUUUCCACAUAUCAAUUUUACAUGUGUGUUUAGAAACUCUGCCUUUAAAGAAUCAUAAAACUAGCUCAAGUUUCGGUAAUGAGUUUCCUGGAUGAAAUCCUGUAUGUUCUAAAUCUUCAUAAUCGUUGAUUCUAGCUGUUCUCAAUAGUUCUGACCCUUAGAGUUCUAUAAAGUAGAACACUUGGACAAUGCAUUCAUUAAAAGCAAAAUAGAAAUUUUAAAAAUCCUUUGAUGUUUUAACAC